AUGGCGGAGGUCGAGGUGGCCCUGCCCCACGGCCCGCCGCCGCCGUCGCCAUAUCGCAGCGCAGCAGGUCGGGCAGCUCUGCACGCUCAUUACAACAAGGCCCUGGCUGCGCUGCCCUACCAGCAUGAGGAGAAGCUAGUGGAGACCAGUUUUGGCACGGCGCACGUCCUGGUGUGCGGUCCCGCGGAUGCGCCGCCGCUGGUUCUGUGGCACGGGAUGGCUGUGCCAGGCCCCUUCAUGAUCCGCACGUUGGACCCGCUGGUCCAGCACUAUCGUGUGUACGCACCAGACCACCCCUUCCAAGCGGGGAGCCGCACUCAAGACGCGGAGCUGGACAUCAACAAGCACGAAAACGGAAAGUGGAGCCUGGAGGUGCUGCGCGGCCUUGGGCUGGUGCCACCAGCUGGCGCCGAGGGCGGCAAGGCGCCUCCUCCGCCUCUGCACGUCGGCGUGUCCUUUGGCGGGGCGGUGCUGCUUGAUCUGGCGGUGGUGGCGCCCGAGGCGAUCCGCGGCGCCGCCCUAGUGGUGCCCGGCGGGCUGAUGCCAGCUGCCGGCUGGAUGCUUCUCUUCCGCCUGAUCCUUCCAGCCAGGCUGUACCACCUUCUUCCCUGCUCCUUCACCGCCUGGCUGGCGCUAGUCAGCAUGUGCGACGAGCCGUUUGAUGCCGCCCAUCAGCAGAUUCUGCUGAACUGGAGGCACGUCGUGCGCUACCAACAGCUGCCGGGGGGCGACGGCGGCUUCUCCCGUGAGCAGCUGAGCCGCCUGGCAGCACCCACCAUCGUCAUCACUGCCGAGCACGACAUUUUUUGGGCGGGCCAGGCUGCCGCCGAGGUUGCCGCGGCUGCGCUGCCAGACUGCAAGACGUUCGUCAUCCCUGGGGCCAAGCACCUGCCCAGCAAGGAGAAGCAGGCAGAGCUCAGCAACUGGAUCCUGGAGUUCUUUGCCUCCAGGGGGCUGGCAGGGUUCGCCACUUAG